AUGGAAGCCAAUAAAUGUACACUUAAAAUGAUAAUUGUUUCAGGAACUUUAUUAAUAUAUAUUGUAUCAUUGUUCGUAUUGUCGACUGAACUGAAAAAGAACGAUUUUCUGCCUUUGAUGAUACGAUUAGAGCAUGAUCAAAAUUUUGAUAUAUGUGUAGUUGGAGCUGGCUUGUCCGGCGCAGUAAUAGCGGAGGAUAGAUAUGCUACAACAACAAAUAAAUCCAUUAUUGUCAUGGAAAAACGCAGUCACGUCGGUGGAAAUUGUUAUGAUUAUAUUGAUGAUGAAACAAAAAUUCGUGUUUCAAAAUAUGGUGCGCAUAUUUUUCAUACAAAAUACAAACAUGUUUGGGAAUAUGUGCAAUAUUUUAGCGAAUGGGUUCCGUAUGAACAUAAAGUUCUAGCUCUGGUUAAGGAAAAAUAUGUUCCAAUCCCAGUAAAUAUUGAUACUGUAAAUACAUUAUUUAACCUUCAUAUAAAAUCGGUAAAGGAAAUGAUUUCAUGGUUGAAAAAUGAGCAGGUACAUUAUAACCAUACACCUUUGAAUUCGGAGGAAAUGGCAUUGUUUCGUAUAGGAUCAAAUCUGUACGAGCUUUUGUUUAAACCAUACACUAUCAAACAGUGGAAUAAAACGCCUGCUGAGUUGGGACCUUCGGUUUUGGCUCGUAUCCCAGUUCGAAACAAUUGGGACACUCGUUACUUUUCGGAUCAGUUUCAGGGAUUGCCGAAAAAGGGCUAUACAGGAUUCAUUAAGAAUAUGUUAAAAUCACCGCAGAUUACCAUACGAUUAAACAUGGAUUAUUUUGAUGUCCAAAGAAGCAUCAAAUGCGGAAAAACAUAUUUUACCGGACCAGUUGACAGAUAUUACGCCAAAAAGGGUUUGACCGCACUGGAAUACCGAUCAUUAUCAUUUGAACGUAAAGUUAUAAAAACUGUUAAUCAUUUUCAACCAACUAGUGUUGUGAACCAUCCUGAUCCUGAAGAUAAUUUUACUCGAAUUGUUGAAUACAAAUGGUUUCCUAAUCAACAGUAUCAGUCAAACGACACUAUUGUGUUCAUUGAACGUUCGACAGAUAACGGUGAACCAUAUUAUCCAGUUCCAAACAAAAGAAAUCAAGACUUGUACAAUCGUUAUAAAGUAUUUGCAAAUUCUGAUUCCUAUAUUCAUUUUCUUGGUCGCUUAGCAAACUAUAAAUAUUUCAAUAUGGAUGAAGCAAUUAAGAAUGCAUUGGAAAUGUUUAGUAAUACAGUAAACAACGUUUUUUAG